AUAUAGUUUGGCUUGACCAAUUUUAGAAACCUACUACUACUUCGUACCUAGCUGCCUAGCAACUCCACGGCGAAGCUUCCAAAGCUUCAUCCCAUCCAUCCUUCAUUCUUCCAAGGUCAAAAUCCACCCUUUAUUUCUCAAUUUACUACGUACACCCUUAAAUCUUGAGGCUGUCUAUUUGCGGAUUUGAAACCGUCCGUUAUCUUUUCCAUCCGCGAGAGAGGCGACUCGAAGAUAAUUCGACAUGGAUUAUCGAUCACCUUCUCGAGACCGUUACGAGUCGCGCUCUCCCACUCCAAAGUCGCGUUAUUCACGCUCGCCAUCUCCAGCUCGCCAUCGUCGAUCCCCUACCAAGUCGCCGACCCCCGUCUCUCGUCGAAAUGGUAGACUUCGUAGUGAGAGCCGGAGCCCGAGUCGUGGUCGAGAUGACAGGGGUAGAAGUGAGAGCCCAUUGAGAGGGAGUACCAAGAUUGUGGUCGAAAAGUUGACGAAGACUGUCAAUGAGGAACACUUGCAUGAAAUCUUUGGCCAGUACGGUCCUAUCCGAGACUUGGACAUGCCUAUGAAUAGACAAUUCAAUACAAAUCGUGGAACUGCGUAUAUCCUCUACGUUCACGAAGCUGACGCCGAAGCCGCCAUUGCUCACAUGCACGAAGCCGUUGUCGAUGGCACGGUAAUCAAUGUAUCCAUCGUGCUUCCUCGACGCAAAUUUUCUCCUUCUCCUCCGACCGCAACGCGAGGCGCCAACAUUGAUCCUCGGCAUCCCGCGCCCGGUUCUCGGGCUGGCGGCAGAGCCGGCGCCGGUAGUUCUACAAGCGGUGGAAGAGGAGCAGGAUUUGGAGCGAGACAGCCGCGCUCUCCCCGCUACAGUCGCUCCGGCCGCGACAACUUCGAUACUUACCGUCCGCGCUCUUACUCGAGAUCCCGAUCGCCUACUCAUCGCCGUAACCGAAGUCCGUCUGGCUCGUUCGGCUCUAGAUCUCGAUCUCCGCCGCGACGACGAGGUGGUAGGAAGGAAAACUACAACGGCCAUGACGAUGAUCGACGACGUAGUCCUAGUUACGACAGUUUCCGGGGUCGCAGCCGUUCCCGUAGUCGUGGGAGGGGAUACCGUUAGAUUAGGACAACCGUGGUCGUGUUGCAUUUUGACGGGCGUUUAUUGAGGAUCGCAAAAUACCUAGACGUGAUGGGGAAGCUUCUCGUGUACGUUUGAAGAGGAAGCAGCCGGUGACAGGAUGAUGGACUACCAAAUCGGUAG